CCUUCUAUAAAUAUUACCAUGCUUAGGAAGAUUUUCUAGUCCAAGCUAAAGUUUCGCGACAGAUCAAAUAUGUUCAAGUGGAUAUGUCUGUCCGUGCUGGUGGCAACCAUUUCAUUUGUCAAUGGUGCCAAUCUGGACUUGAUCUCCUCGAGGAUCGUAGGUGGCGAAGUCGCCAAAACGGGCGAAUUUCCAUGGCAAGUGUCCUUGAGAAAUAACGGCCGACACUUUUGCGGAGGCGGCUUAGUUUCUCUGCAGCACGUGCUCACAGCUGCCCACUGCAUGGUCGGCAAGGACACUUCCCUACUUACCGUCAUCACUGGAUCAAACAGUUUGGCCAGUGGCGGCGAAACGCAUGGAGUACGUAAUAUAUCGAUACACAGAAACUACGUAGGCGGUUCCGUAACUUCUUAUCGAUAUGACGUAUCGGUCCUUACGUUGGCUGCCGAAAUUACGGAAUCGUCGGUACAGUAUCCUAUUGGAUUACCGAUCGAGAAUACCGAAAGUGGCGUCCAGGCUCGUGCAUCUGGAUGGGGCAGGACUAUUCAUCCUGGCAGUUCGUUGCCAACGGCCCUGCAGAAACUGAAUGUCACGAUUUUGAAUAAUACCGAUUGUCAGAGCUACCACAAUUUGACUAUUUACUACGAUCAGAUUUGCGCCAUGAAGCAGUAUGGAUCAGGAAUGUGCAACGGCGAUUCUGGCAGUCCGCUUGUUUCUGAUGGCCGCGUGAUCGGUAUCGUAUCUUGGGGCGUCACCUGUGCUCUUGGUUAUCCAGACGUCUACACAAGGGUUUACGCGUAUCUUUACUGGAUCGGCAGCAUUAUUUAUAAUACAGAAACGCCUCCAUCGCUCAAAAUCGACAGACACGUACCUGGAAAUUUUAACAUCGAUUCUAAAAAUCUUUUACUACGAUGAAAAUUUUUUUGAAAUUUUUUUUUUUUCCUAACGGAUAUUUUAUUAUUUAAACUCUAAACGUUUCUUAUCCGGUUUGUACUUUCUUCCCUGUCACUCUCCUCAGUCAUCCUCUUUUACUAUGUCACUGUUAUUUAUUGGUCGAUCAUUUUCGAUUUGCCACACUGUACUUUGAAUUUCUACGGCGACUCGGCGCUUCCUUUACGCUUGAUUUGUAUUGCGCGUAUGACGUCAUUUUUUUCUGGGACGUAAAUCGCGGACGAUUUAUAUAUAAAAUAUUUUGAAAACGUC